AUGGACUCUGGACUACUCGAUUCCAACACACACCUUGGCAUCAAUGCGCCUCCGAAGGAUCGUAUUCGGAUUAGGAAGAUGACGACUUGCGCUCCUAUUCCCGUCGAGGGUAAAUAUAGCACGAAUUGGACUUCAGAGAAAAAGCACGGCGUAGAAAUGUAUUUGCCCACAUCACCGCCUGAGGAUGCUCACAAGUAUUAUUACCUGGGGGACAGUUGGCUCUUUGGCUUCCACGUUAGUAAUUACACCCAUGUUGUCAGCAAUCUCUCUGUUGGAUUCAGCCCUUUGCCGUACAAACUUGAGAUUCGGUCCGCUUAUCCUCAGAAUUCUACCGAGAGUGGCUUUGCUCCGAUUCCUGAGCUAUCGCGAACCGAUGCAGAUGUCACUGUUCUGCUCCUCAAUAAUCGGGUGUCAUACACAGGAAAAGUGCUAGACCCAUGGUUCCAAGCAACGCUUCCGAUCGGCGGUAACAGACUGAACGAGGCAUGGAUAUCCAACUCAACGCUAACUGGCGUUGGCUGCACCGAGCAAUAUCAGUUCUGCAACUCCAACCGCUGCACGCCACUCAGUGGAGGAUAUGACCCCAGAUUCCUCGAGGCGCCACGAGACCUCGGUUUCAGUCCGAUACAGCAAGCCACCCACAGGCUGCUCGUGUAUUCUGUACUCUCCGUGCGCAUGAAUCCAAUUUUGAUGUUUCUGAGGAACGAGAUCUUACUGGCCAGCACGCUCGUCUAUGGCGCAUUCGGCAUAUCCGGACCGCUGCCCGAUACGCAAUGGCAGACUGAGAUGGAGGGCAUCCACAACAUCAGCAUGACGGGUUUACAGAGAUCUGUAGUUGGCCACGCCGCCGAGCCCAACCUUCACAUCCGCCCAGGCGUCGAACUCCACUCCUUUAUUGUUCCUGAGACCGACCCGCUGAACUUGCACCUCUGCCGCAACCAGAAGUUUCGGACCGCGACCCACUCCUCGUUCAGCAUGUUCGGCCUCUGCUUCCUCGUACUUACCUGCACCCUGGUCAUCGUCACUAGCUUAUCGCUGCCUAAUCUUGUGCACCGGAUCCAGCGCCGCUCGCCCAACGGUGUCGUUCCGCGACUUGCGUGGAUAGAAGAUGAUGUCUUGCAGCUGCAGCGUAUCGCAUUAGAAGGGCGAGGCAUAGGACCCUGGAAGCAGCGGUGGGACGGCGUGCCGGUGACUACAGGAUUUGGAAAGAAAUUUCGCCGUGACAUGGCCUCAACAUUCACCGAGUGGGGCCAGAUAAGCGAGAUUUUUAAGCCGUUGACGGAACCUGAAAGUGGAAGGGAGCCGGGAGAGCUAGAGGGGUUAAAAAACCACAUGCAAGUAGGACAGGACUCUUGA